AUGGCCAGCUUCGCCAGGUCCUUCAAGCCGCCAUCGGCACUCCUAUCGCCCCGUCGACGUCCAGGAAUGCCCGGUCGCACCUUGUCCAACUCGUCCGACCUGUCCUUGACCCCGAGUGCCGCCGCGGCACACCAGACGGACUACUUUGUCGACCAGCCGGUAGCAUCGGCACCGAGUUCGCCAUUCAUGUCUCCUGCUCCUGGGGCCGUGGCAGCAGACGGAGCACAAUCUACCAAAGGCAGUCCCGACUUGUCUGUUGGCUCUUCUCGAUCAAACAGCAAUCCCAUCGCUAUUGAACUUCCCAAGCUGAGGAAAUACAAUACUUCUGGCUCAGCUGGCACACCUCCGGAGCCCCUGUCUGCUCGUGGUGAUCUUCCAGGGGGUUACUUUCCCAUGCACGAGGACCCCAAGAGCAGAAUCCAUCGUCCACACCCAUUUUUUCAUGACGCUCCGCUUUCUCGACCUCAGCGAACCUCUGACUCAAUCACUAUGCAAGCCGAGCGAGCUAGGACCUCUCACACAGCCAUGUCGUCGUCCAUGGCCAACACAAGCACACCAGUAUCAUCUUAUAUUGCCCCGGGAUUCCACGACGCUCCUGUGCCGAUGGGUAAAUACUACCCGUCAAACUAUGAGCAACAACACCCGCAGUCCGAUUCAGAUGGCCCGCAACCGGCACCUAUUUCCGAUAUGGCUUCAUCCUCUGUCAAGUCAAACUCUGAUCUCCCGCAACGUAGGCCCGACCCAAUUCGAGGCGAUAACCCUCAACUGGAAAUGCGUCGCAAGAUGCAACAGUAUCAACGGGACAUGAUUGCGCAGGCCACCAUGGUGCUGGGUGCGUCUACCAAGACAGGAAACGGCGUGUCCCUCAACGGACUGCCAGCAAAGGAUAUUUGGCUGUCAGGGCCAGCUUCACAGAAGCCUCUUUCACCAAGGCUUCACCCUCUGGGUAGUCCUGGGCCCGUCACACCCAUGGAGCUCGAGGCGAGCAGCAGUGGUUAUGUAGACAGAGGGAUAAAAUCGCACUCGCCGCUGUCUAAAGACGGCCUCACUCCACCUGGUCCAAGGCACUCGGCAAAUUCGCUAUGA